GCCUCCUCCACCCCCACCCCACCGCACAGCGCCCGGCCCGGCCCCAACCAGACAGCUCCGUUUCCCCUCCCCGUCCUUCCUCCACCUCGACCGCGCACCAAACCCAAAAGCGCAGCCGCAUUCCCUCCACCUCCCCCGCUCUCGCGCCCCUCCCCUCCGCGUCACCCGGAGCGGCGGCGGCGGCGGCCGUGGUGGCGGGCGCCCUCCCUCCCGGGGCAGUGGCGGUGGCUGCGUAAGGGUUUGUUUUACCCGGAACAGGGAGGCUCUGGCGGGAGUGUGUACGGCCGCUUCGUGCUGGGGGCAGGCGCGGAGCGAGAUCCGGGCCGGAAGGUGCGGGGGGUCUCGAGGGUGGCGCCGUGGCGUCGGCGUGAUCUGAAAUGAGAUUGGGCCCAGAGGCGCGGUAUUCGCAGCGGAGGUGCCGGCCAUGACCACCAACACCAAGCGCGCCUACAAGCUCCAGGAGUUUGUGGCGCACUCGUCCAAUGUUAACUGCCUCAAGAUUGGGAGGAAGACCUCACGGGUUCUUGUCACAGGAGGAGAGGAUCAUAAGGUCAAUCUUUGGGCUAUUGGAAAGCCCAAUUCAAUAUUGAGUUUAUCUGGGCAUACAAGUGCUGUGGAGUCCGUUGGUUUUGAUUCCACAGAAGUUUUUGUGGCUGCAGGAGCAGCCAGUGGAACAAUUAAAUUAUGGGAUUUGGAGGAGGCGAAGAUUGUCCGCACUCUUACCGGACAUAGGUCAAAUUGUAUGUCAGUUGAUUUCCAUCCCUUUGGGGAAUUCUUUGCCUCGGGGUCAUUGGACACUAAUCUGAAGAUAUGGGAUAUAAGAAGGAAGAAUUGCAUCCAUACAUACAAAGGUCACACACGAGGGGUGAAUGCUAUUCGAUUCACACCUGAUGGGCGGUGGGUUGUGUCUGGCGGUGAAGAUAAUACAGUAAAGCUCUGGGAUCUGACAGCUGGAAAGUUAUUACAUGAAUUCAAGUGCCAUGAGGGUCAGAUUCAGUGCAUAGAUUUCCAUCCUCAUGAGUUCCUUCUGGCAACAGGUUCAGCAGAUAAAACUGUCAAGUUCUGGGAUUUGGAGACUUUUGAGUUGAUUGGAUCUACCGGACCUGAGACAACAGGUGUUCGAUCCAUGACAUUCAAUCCUGACGGAAGAUCCCUGUUAUGUGGGUUGCACGAAAGCUUAAAGGUUUUCUCUUGGGAGCCAAUAAGAUGCCAUGAUACUGUGGAUGUGGGAUGGUCUAGACUUGCUGAUUUGAAUGUUCACGAGGGAAAACUUCUUGGUUGUUCUUUCAAUCAAAGUUGUGUUGGAAUAUGGGUUGUUGAUCUGACGCGUCUUGAGCCAUAUGCAACCGGUACAUCAACUAAACUAAAUGGUCAUUCCGAAUUGAAGACUGUGUCAAGCGGCACUAUGCCUUUACAAAAUGACACUGGUUCAAAGGCAAACAUUGGGCGAUCAUCAGUUUUGCAAAAUUCAGAGAAUAACCUAAAAGCUUCUUCAGGAAGACUGUCGGUUUCUCAAAACUCAGAUUCUGCACUAAAAGAAACAAAAUCGACAGCCUCAAGCGGAUUGGUCCCAAGCACACCACAACGGGCUGGAGUUGGCUCCAAUAAUAGAUCUUUUGGAAAUUCAGCCUUUGCAUCUGGUGGUACCACCUUGAAGAGAAGUUCGUUGAGGAGUCACAAUGCCUCUAGUGUUAGCAAUUUCAGUAAAUCUGAUGUAGUGCCUGUGAUUGUUCCAAGAACUAGCUCAGGAGGGGAGCUAGCUACUGAUUCUAGAAGUGAUGCUGCUGAUGUGGCACCUGUUCUUUCUAAGGCAACCAGAAGGGUUGAUCCUGCUACUGAUUCUAGAAAGGAAAGUACUGAUGUGGAACCUGUUGUUCCUAAAGCAAGCUCAAGAAUGGAAAUAUCCUCUGAUUCAGCACCUGUUGUUAUUUCCAAGUCAAGCAGAAGGCUGGAGUCUGGUGCUGAUUCCAAAAAGGAAAGCGCCGAUGCAGCAUCUGUUGUUGUUCCCAGGGAAAAUACAAAAAUGGAAAUGGCCUCUGAUUCUGCACCUGUUCUUUCAAAGGCAAGCAGAAAGGUAGAUCCUGGUACGGAUUCAAAGAAAGAAAGUGCUGAUGCGGCACCCGUCAUCCCCAGGGCAAGUUCAAGAACGGAAAUGGCCUCUGAUGCUAGGAGAGAACCUUCUGCUGGAAGAAUAUCGCCAUUCAGAAUCCAGUCAAGAUAUGCUGAGCUACGCAAGUUAACCCAUGCAAAAGUUGAUGCAAACAAAGUUGAUAGCAGAAGUAAAAAUACUGAAACAGAUGACUUCAAUUGCCAAAUAUUUUUCCCCCGGAGAAAUGGUGUUUUUCAAACAAUAAGUUCUGAAGAAACUCGUGAAGAUAUAAAGCAUGGUGCAGUUGACAGGAUGGCAUUUUCGAAUCCAGCAGAGUUGAAUGCAAGUGUCCGCGGUGAAAAUUAUGUUUCUAGAAUGCGUAAACCAAGAGAUAACUGCUAUGUUGAAGUUUCAAGAGCAGGAAGAGCAAGGUCAAGUGUCUCUAAUUGGGAAGGGAGGGAUCAAUCCCCUAGUCAUGAAGAACCAACAACGAGCAGUUCUUCGCUGGCUCCUACAGGCCGUUCAUAUUCAUCUAGAGGAAGCAAUCAAGCUUCUGAAACUCCAACCAUAGCUAGCGAUGAGGAUGUUCUAUCCCUUCUAAUGGAGCAACAUGAGCUAUUUCUAAGCUCAACACGGUCUCGCCUGACAAAAUUGCAGAUUAUUCAUCAAAUGUGGGUAAGAAACGACAUCAGAGGUGUUCUCUCUGCGAUGGAGAAGAUGUGUGAUCAUGCUGUAUCUGCUGAUAUGGCAAGCGUUCUGAUGGAGAAAAGUGAAACAAUCACACUAGAUUUAUGUACCUCUAUCCUGCCUGUUGUCACUGACCUUCUGGAGAGUAAAACUGACAGACACUUAGGCGUUUCAUUGGAAUUGUUGGUGAAGCUUGUCAGGACCUUUGGUCCAAUGAUACAUUCAACAGUAUCAGCAGGUCCUUCUUCUGUUGGUGUAGAUCUUGAGGCAGAGCAAAGGCGGGAGCGCUGCAACUUAUGCUUCAUUGAAUUGGAGAAAGUAAAAAAUAAGCUUCCUUUUCUUACAAGAAGAAAAGGGGCAGUUGCAAACGCAGCACAGGAGCUCACUCUUGUCUUCCAGGAAGUUAUGAGUUGACUGAAGACACACUCAUAAGUAUACACCAUGUUAGAGUGGCACCUAGAUAUCAGCUGCUGCUGAGCUCUAGUUGUUCAAUCUUGAGCUGCCAUCAAGCUCCAAGGCCACACCAGCAGGAGAAACAUUUUGUUGCUGCUGUUCGUGCCUUUUGUACACAUGCUAACACAAGAGGGACUGACAUCCAUGCCAUUUGGGAAGAGAAGCAGCCAUGGACAAUGACUUCAGCCACAAUAUUAUGUGGGUGUCGUUUCAUCGGCAGCUGAAGAUGUUAUAGUUCUGAAUCAAAUGGUGAUGAAAAGGUAGAUGGUGGGCUUUUCAAGCAUUUGUAUUCGCCAUCUAUAGUGUGUUGUGUGGAUGAUUCAGUCACAAGAUUGAUGAGUUUUGUGUGGUUGAUUCUGUCACAAGAUUGACGAGUGAAGCAAGUCAUGUACAUCAUUUUUGAAUAUUUGAUAUCUGGAUGACUCUCUUUCUUCUACUUCAAGCGCGAAAAUGAUUUCACUCUGCUGUUCAA